UUGGAACUUUGGAAGCCAGCCUACUGUGAGAAAGACUGGAGCUUUUUGUACGUGUAUGAGCUUGUGUGUUUUGUUUGAGUCCCAGAGAGAGGCACAGAGAGACUGUGUGUGUGAAGAUGGGAGACACCCGUGGCCAGUUCGACGUAAUCGUCGUCGGCGCCGGUAUCAUGGGAAGCUGCGCUGCCUAUCAAAUAGCCAAGCGCGGCCGGAAAGUGCUCCUCCUCGACCAAUUCGAUUUCUUGCACCACCGAGGUUCAUCUCAUGGCGAGUCUCGCACGAUACGUGCAACGUACCCUGAAGAUUACUACCCCGGCAUGGUCAUCGAGUCAUCUCGUCUGUGGGAGGAAGCCGAAUCAGAAAUCGGGUACCGUGUCUAUUUCAAGGCUCCACAGUUCGACUUCGGCCCGCCGGACAACAAGAGCCUUCAAGCAGUCAUUGCCAGUUGCCAAACCAACUCGAUUCCCUAUCGCAUCCUCGACUGGAAGCAGGCGUCGGAGCACUUCUCCGGCAAGUUCGAGUUGCCCGAGAAUUGGAUCGGCCUGUCCACCGAGAUGGGUGGUGUAAUUAAGCCCACGAAGGCAGUCAGCAUGUUCCAAACACUGGCAAUUCGAAGGGGAGCUGUUCUCAGAGACAACAUGGAAGUGAAGGAGAUCAAGAGGGAUGGUGAGAGAGGAUGCCUCAGAGUCUGCACGGGAAAUGGCGAGACGUUUCUGGGUAAGAAAUGCGUGGUGACUGCUGGGGCUUGGAUGAAGAAGCUGGUGAAAACGGUUAGUGGUCUGGUGCUGCCCAUUCAACCUUUACACACCACAGUGCAUUACUGGAGGAUCAAGGAGGGAUACGAGUCGGAAUUCUCCAUCCACGGCGGGUUCCCGUCGUUUGCGAGCUACGGUGAUCCCUACAUUUAUGGGACACCGUCGUUGGAGUUCCCGGGGUUGAUCAAGAUCGCCGUGCAUGGUGGUUACCCAUGCGACCCGGACAAGAGGACAUGGGCUCCCACAUUGAUAGGGGAUUCAGUGACCCAGUGGAUCCAACGGCGAUUCUCAGGCCUAGUGGACUCAAGUGGGCCCGUUAUGUCACAAUCCUGCAUGUACUCCAUGACGCCUGAUGGGGAUUUCGUGAUUGAUUACUUGGGUGGUGGUGAGUUUGGAAAGGAUGUAGUUGUUGCCGGUGGAUUCUCCGGCCAUGGGUUCAAGAUGGGGCCAGCGGUGGGACGGAUUCUCGCCGACCUGGCGCUCGAUGGGGAGGCUCUGGGCGUGGAGCUUAGCUACUUGAGGUUGGGAAGGUUUGAGGAGAAUCCAAUGGGGAACGUGAAAGAGUAUGAAGAGCAAGUCUCCCCUAGAUUAAAUCCCCACUAAUUUAGUAAACCAGACCUGCUUGUAAUGAAUAUAUGGCCGCUCCGUAGACUCUAAUACCUGUUUGAUCUAAUUGCUUGUUUGAUCAGGAUUAUGCAGUUUUCUAGGAACAUGCAUGUUGCAACUCUCUCUCUCUCUCUCUUCUCUGGACCAGAAUCUUGUAUUACUAAACUGUUAGACAGUAUCCCGUGUACAAUGUUAGCUAUGCAUUUCAUCAAGCAGGUGCAAUGCAUUAAAACUGGUCCCACAAAGAUUGUACUUGAGAGAAAACUGACCCAACAUAUUCAAGCUGUAUUGUUCUUUUCCACCAA